GGCAGUAUGGCGGACGGCGGGACCUGGAGGCCGCCGCGGUCGUGCGAAGACUACUGGUGGGAGUGGAAGCACUGCCGCGGGCUGCGGCACGCCUUCCACCACUACUACGCGCACGGGGAGCUGCCGACCUGCGACCGCUGGCGGGAGGACUACGAGGCCUGCCGCGCCUGGGAGAAGGGCCGCGCCGCCGCCGCGCAGGAAGCUUUGUGCAAGAGUGAAAGAGCUCGAGUCAUGGAAAACCAGAAGUAUGCUCCAGUGUGGACAUUCAGGAAGAGCCCACCCCGGGACUGGUAUCUUCCACUUGACCAAGACAAACCAAAUUAGCGAGACUGCUUUGCUGUGUUUGGUCAGUAAUGCAAUACACAAUGCACAACUA